CCCAGCCCUCGCCCGGUCGCCGCCGCCCCUCGUCUCCUGCAUCCCGCUCUCCCGCUUGCACACCCACGACCUCAGCCAACAUGCUUCUCUACCGUGACGUCAUCUCUGGCGAUGAGAUGCUCUCUGAUGCCUACAAGAUCAUCGAGGUCGAUGACAUUGCCUACGAGGUUGACUGCAAGACCAUCAUCAUCAAGGAAGGCGAGGUCGAUAUCGGUGCCAACGCCUCUGCCGAGGGCGAGGAUGCCGAGGAGCUCGAGGAAGGCGCCCAGUCCGUCAACAACGUCGUCUACUCGUUCCGCCUCCAGUCCACUGGCUUUGACAAGAAGGGCUACAUGGCUUACCUCAAGGAGUACAUGAAGGCCGUCAAGAAGCAUCUUGCCGCUACCGACCCCGAGCGCGUCCCCGUCUUCGAGAAGAAGGUCACCGCCUUCGUCAAGAAGGUCCUCGAGAACUUCAAGGACUACGAGUUCUACGUCGGUGAGACCAUGAACCCCGAGGGCCACGUCGCUCUCCUCAACUACCGCGAAGAUGGUGUCACCCCAUACCUCACCUACUUCAAGGAUGGUCUCAGCAUCGAGAAGAUGUAAAUCGUGCCUCUGGAUCUGCUUCGUCCUGACCCCCCUGUUCAACUCGGAUGGCUCUUCCGGUCGCAUAUGCCGAUUUUGUAUUUGAAUACAGCAUGCUCCGAACAAAAACGGGACUGAGUGCGUUUGCGUUCCUUCA